GCGGUCCUCCUCCUCUCCUGUCACACGCGCGCGCACACACACACACACACACACACACACACACACACACACACACACACACACACACACACACACCACUCAGUCCUGUCCAAACCCCCAGAAAAGCCGUGCUGAAUCCUCACACCGUCUGUCAGCAUGGGGAGCGCUUGUUUUUCUCGGGACUUUUGUUUGUUUAUCCUCCUCAUAAAUAGUUGCGGGGUGAUGGGGAAUGCCGGACUGGCAGAUGUAGAUGAGUGCGCAGAAGACUCAGACGACUGCCACAUCGACGCCCUCUGCCAGAACACAGCCAAAUCCUACAACUGCAUCUGCAAGCCUGGAUACAAGGGAGAUGGAAAACAGUGCGAGGACAUGGACGAAUGUGAGAAUGACUACAAUGGGGGCUGUGUCCACGAAUGCAUCAACAUACCAGGCAACUACAGGUGCAUGUGCUACGAUGGAUUCAUGCUGGCCCACGAUGGACACAACUGUCUGGAUGUGGAUGAGUGUCUGGACAACAACGGUGGAUGCCAGCAAGUUUGUGUUAACACCAUGGGGAGCUAUGAGUGUAUGUGCACAGAGGGCUUCUUCCUCAGUGACAACCAGCAUACCUGCAUCCACCGCUCUGACGAUGGAAUGAACUGCAUGAACAAGGACCACGGCUGCGCCCACAUCUGCAGGGAAGCUCCCGGGAAAGGCGGCGUGUCGUGUGAAUGCCGUCCUGGCUUUGAGCUGGCCAAAAAUCAGAAAGACUGCACAUUGACCUGUAACUAUGGAAAUGGCGGUUGCCAGCACACAUGCAACGACACAGACACAGGGCCUGUGUGUGGCUGCCACCAGAAGUAUGCCCUGCACUCAGACAGCAAGACCUGCAUUGAGAAAGAUGAGGCUGCAAUUGAGAGCUCUGAGUUCAAUGCCACGUCAGUAGCUGAUGUGGACAAGCGGGUGAAACGGCGGCUACUUAUGGAGACCUGUGCCGUCAACAACGGCGGCUGCGACAGGACGUGUAAAGACACAGCCACGGGGGUGCGCUGCAGCUGCCCUGUGGGAUUCACCCUCCAGCCUGAUGGCAAAACAUGCAAAGACAUUGAUGAAUGCCAGGAGAAUAACGGAGGCUGUGACCACUUCUGCCGAAACACUGUGGGCUCCUUUGAGUGCAGCUGCCAAAAAGGCCACAAACUUCUCACAGAUGAAAGGACAUGCCAAGACAUUGAUGAGUGCUCCUUUGAGAGAACCUGUGAUCACACGUGCAUCAACUACCCUGGCAGCUUUGAGUGCUUGUGCAACAAAGGAUACAUCCUGUACGGUCUGACUCACUGUGGAGAUAUCGAUGAGUGCAGCAUCAACAACGGCAGCUGUGAGUACGGUUGCAUAAACACCCAGGGCAGCUACGAGUGUGUGUGUCCACCUGGACAGAAACUCCACUGGAACAAGAAAGAUUGCAUCGAGGGAGUGAAAUGUCUGCCCAAUGGGAAGCCAGCACCUCGAGCCCAGCUAACCUGCACCAAGAGCGGAGGAGCUGAGGUCUGCUCACUGUCCUGUCCCUCCAAUGCCCUCUUCCUCGCAGACUCAGAGAACAGCUACACACUGAGCUGCGGAGUGCCUGUCCAGCCUGGUAAACCUCCUCAGAAGAGGAACGUCACCACGGCUUUACCCGCCUGUGCCGACACUUUGGCACCACCCAUCAAGCAGAAGGCCAGGUUUAAGAUCAAAGAUGCCAAGUGCCACCUGAAGCCCCGCAACAAGGAGAAACACCGAGAUGUAUCCAAGCAGAACAUCCAAGGAGGCCAGUUCCCCUGCACCGAUGACUGCCAGGUAACUUUCGUCAACCUCAAGUGUGACUCAUCUAAGAAGCGCCGGCGAGGACGCAAAUCUCCUUCAAAGGAGGUUUCACACAUUACCGCUGAAUUUGAGAUGGAGAUGAAGGAGGAAGAUGCCUCAGAGUCGUGCAACGUGGACUGUGUGCGAGAGAGAAUGAAGCAGAGGCUGCAGAGUGCCAUGAGGACACUCAGAAAGUCCAUCACCAAACAGCAGUUCUACAUCCAGUUCUCUGGGACAGAAUAUGAAGUGGCCCAGAAGCCACCUAAGGCGGCAGAGGGUGCUGAGACCUGCAGCACAGGACAAGUCCUCAGAGAUGGAAAGUGUGUGAGCUGUGGUGUGGGGACAUUUUAUAGUGGGGAGCAAGAGCAGUGUGUCCAGUGUCCCCCUGGUACAUACCAGGAUACGGUGGGACAACUUUCCUGUGAGCCAUGUCCCAGUACUGAAGGACAGGGAAUCGCUGGUGCCAAGAAUGUGUCCCAGUGUGGAGGUCAGUGUCCAGUUGGUCACUUUUCUGAUGAUGGGUUCCGCCCAUGCCAGCCCUGCGCACUGGGCUUCUACCAGCCAGAACCAGGCCGCGUUCUGUGCUUCCCCUGUGGAGGAGGCCUCAUGACCAAGUAUGAAGGAUCUGUGUCCUUCAGGGACUGUGAGGCCAAAGUGCACUGUGCUCCCGGGCAUUACUACAACUCCAGUACCCACCGCUGCAUCCGGUGCCCAGCAGGCACCUACCAGUCAGAAUCCAGCCAGAACUACUGCAUCACCUGCCCGGGCAACACCACCACCGACUUCGAUGGUGCUACCAACGUCUCCCAGUGCAAAAACCAGGUGUGCGGAGGGGAGCUGGGAGAAUACACAGGCUACAUUGAGUCUCCUAACUACCCUGGAGAUUACCCAUCCAACGUGGACUGUGUGUGGAUGAUAAAUCCACCACACAAGAGACGCAUCCUCAUUGUGGUGCCAGAGAUUUUCCUCCCCAUUGAGGAUGAAUGUGGAGACGUGCUGGUCAUGAGGAAGAGCGCCCAUCCCACCUCUAUCACCACUUACGAGACAUGCCAGACCUACGAGCGACCCAUCGCCUUCACCUCCCGCUCCCGUAAGCUCUGGAUCCAGUUCAAGUCCAACGAGGGGAACAGCGGCAAAGGCUUCCAAGUUCCAUAUGUCACCUACGACGAGGACUACCAGCAGCUGAUAGAAGACAUUGUGCGGGAUGGCAGGCUAUACGCCUCUGAGAAUCACCAGGAGAUUCUCAAGGACAAGAAGCUGAUAAAAGCCCUAUUUGAUGUGCUGGCCCACCCCCAGAACUAUUUCAAGUACACAGCAGCAGAGUCCAAAGAGAUGUUCCCUCGUUCUUUCAUCAAGCUGCUGCGCUCCAAAGUCUCCAGGUUCCUACGACCAUACAAAUAGACAGGCCCGUCUACGGUCCUGGUCAACAACCCUGACAUCCUGCAUCAUUCCAAAUCCAGCAAACUAAAUGUAACCCAAACCCCCAUCCCACUUCUGCCCUGCCUCUGUCUAUUCAUCCAUGUAUAUUUGAGCUUUCUAACUUGUAAGACAUCACUAACAAUGGAGCUUUCUGUACAAGGUUUGACCGAUAGAGGUUUUUGAAGGCCAGUAUUUAUAUUUUUAUACUGUAUAUUGUAUUGAUAUAUUCUUUCUUAAAUUUGGAGAUUUUGCACUGAACUGUUAAUUACCACAGGUAUGCUAUUUGAGUAAGGGUUUAUCUGGCAGUAACAAUGAAUACAUAUUUUUCAGUAGAAACAGUACAGUAACUAUGGCAAUUUACUAAUUUAGUAAAAUCAUCUGGCAAAUAUUUCCUUUCUCUGAAUGUUUUAUAGAAUGUAUAUAAAGUGGUAAUCAAGUGGAGGAUGUGCAGCGAAACAGCAGUGUCCCAACCUGUAGGUAAUGGUACAUCCCACAUGUCAGUUUGUUUCAUCUGCAGGAGACCCCCAUGCCCACCGCCAAAAAACAGAAAUAUUAUGCGCAGCUUUGUGGAAAAAAGACGACUCGGUCUAUCGACCAGUCUUUCCUAGUCUGUCAGUGCUAGGCUAACCAGCCGUAAUCCAUUCCUCCACUGCAUUCUGCUUACAACAUGACGUUUUCCAUCUUUGUACUGUUUUAUAGUCUAGCUGAUCAGGUGUGAAAAGACCUGUAACUGUACGUCUCUCGUUAAGAGUUAGACUAAAGCCCGAAUGCAGAACCCUGUGAAGAUGCAAGGGUGUUAUUCCCUGUCAGACUACUUCAAAUACAAUAUCCUACAAGGUUAUGAGAACAUAACCAACACAGGCAAACAUGUUGCCUACUCCAGCUUUAACGAAACCUCAUCUUCUCAUCCAACUCAAAAAGAAAGCAAAUUUAUCAACAUGUAGCUGUUGUUUAAAACAUGCAUAUUAAAAAACUCUAAAGUCAUCUAAAAGUCUGAAUCCGCAUGCUAUUACACAGCAGCACUUAACAAAAGGCCAGUAUCAGCUAACCAAUAUAUCGGUCAAACUCUGUUUCUUCUUUUCUCCCAGUCAUUUCCCAUUUUUUGCACAUUCUCUAACAACUGUAUUCUAGUCUUCCUAUUUGCUUUCUGUGUUGUUGUGUCCUUUUUUAAUAUUUAUACUGAACAUUUUGGAACUGGCAGAGGGCCGUGCAGAUGUUUUAAAAAUGACCUGCGAACAAGCGUGUGGACAUACACAGGUGCACACAAUGCAAAGGCCCAUGCAGAGUACAGCCUGAACUGGAUUUCUUUAUUGGCCCUGUCGUGCACAAGACAGAGAUGAGAAAACAAUCAGUGCACUUAAAUCAGAAAUGUUAAAGUGGUGACAUCUAAAUCCUUCCACUUCAGUGGAUGCUUUAUCCAUUGGGGAAAGAUUAAAUUGGGCAAAUUGCAAAAUCUACAUUGUAAUUUUGAGAUGAGAUAAAACUACCUGCAAGUAACAGAUUGUUACGUUAUAGAGAAAUGUACCUGGUGUAACUAGUAUUUGGAACUUUAAUUGCACUUGAAUUUUAUAUUUGAAACUGUAGGGGAAAGGAUCUAAGUUACAUGUUUUGUUACCUUUUUGUGUUAUGUGCCUGGUGUGGUGGUGAUAAGAAAAAGAAGCAGCUGUGUCUCCUGUUAUUGCUUCCACUCUGUAGCUUGCAGUUACCCUCAAAUUUGUCUGAAUAACACACACACACACACACACACACACACACACACACACACACACACAGAGUUAGGUAGGCUGAAGCAUCUCAAAGCCUUCGACUGUAGAAUAAACUGAAAUGCAUAGAAAUACAGUGCAAGCACUGGAUUAGCCAGCCAUGCCGCCAUCGCUACAGUACGUGUUUUCACUCCCCCAGUCCUACUUCAGCCCUCAAAUACGUUAUAUAGCUGCCAGAGAGAAGAAGUGUCUCUGUAAACGCUUCUUGCAUGAUGGCAUUAUACAUCACAAUAUCUACAAGUUUCUAAAAUGACUUCAAACAGAUGCGCACUUUUCCAUUAAAUAGGAAAUGUGAGUAUACUAUACUUUUCUUUUAUAACAAACUAAACGUUUCUGUGUCAUUCCCAUUGUUACUAAUAUAUAAACUCCUAUACCGCAUAUUGAAGAUGGACUCUAUAUCUGCACACUGAGACUGGAGUUAGAAAAGCGAGUCAGGAGUGAGUGGAGUGUUGGUCUGAAGGUGAAUGUAGUGGCGCAGUCGGAAUGAGAAGCAUCUCUUGUCCAAGCGUUUGUAGCAACUACAGCUUCACUGAACUUUAUCUGUGUGUAAUUCUGUUCAACAACAUGCAUGCUGAUGGUAAAAAUGUAAAAUCCCUUAUCAGUGCUGACAUUUUUUAGAGACUAAUGUCCUGUUACCUGUGUCAUUCUAGUCUUUGUGCUGGGCACAAGGAAGAUAAGGGAUAGCCAUCGCUAAAUUGGAGCUUGUCACACUGACGUUCAAAUAAAUUACCACCUUGAUGGUUUUGCUACUUUUGUUCUCAAACACAAAUCACUGCUGAGUAUUUUUCAAAGUAGAAGCUAUGAAACUUUCAGUGCACUAUGACAGUUAACUUUACUUGAUAUAAACUUGCAUGGCAUGCAGUUUGCUAGCAUGGACCAUUUUGAAACUCAGAGGACAGUUACUCAACAGUUUCAGAUUUCUUAGUUUCAGUGUUCAUUAAACAAAUUUGCAUUGCCUGUAACAGUCUGUGGAGUGACUUCAGUGUGAAUGUCGCAGAUAAAAUCCAAAGUAUUACUUGAUGCUCCCCCAGUGUCAACAGUAUUGCUAGCUAACUUUAAAGCUAAGGAAAGCUAGGAUGAGCCAGCUAGUGGCUAUAUUAUGUAUCAUGUGUAUGUGUCUCUGUUAGUGGGUGUGCUGCAUUAGCUGUUAGCCAGUGAAUGCCAUUUGUCCUCAAUGAAAUUACUGGGUCAACACGUGAAGGAGCAUUCAAUAAAAUGUAACUGUUUCAUUUUCUGGAGCCAAGUCAUUAUCAGAAACAGCACAGAAACCAAUUCAAUAAUCUAUUAGAAUCGAUGGUACAAACUCGUUAGUUACAUACUUAGCUGUGCCUGUUUUUACAAAACGACCAGCAUUUUUUUGUCUUUGAUUUAAUGUUCCAAAAACAAAUUUUCUUGAAUGUACGCUACAAUACAAGCUAUUACAAAAACUACGAUGAUGGAUUUUUAAAGUCUGAAAGUUGAUUUUCAUAGUGCUCUGAAAUGAAACCAGUGACCAGAAGGUAGGAAAUCAAUCAAAAGACUUUUGCUUUGAAAAACAGUAUGCAUUUUUGUGAACUACUUGUAAUUAAUGGGCUGAAGCAAAACCUGCAGUAUGGUCCUGCAUGGCACUCACCUGGGAUAAACUGGUCAAAGUUUAGGGUUUUUGUCCAGAAUUUUUUAAAAAAAGAAAAAAGUAAGGAAAAUAAAAAAAUCUAUUUUUGCAUUGGCUGAGAAUCAUCCCUGUAAGACAGAUACAUGUGGAAAUACAGUGUGUCCUCAAGGCUGUUCUCACCAAAAUCAUUGUGUAAUUUCCCAAAUUAGUCGUUUUGUUAGAUGUUCAGCUCCAGGUCAGAUAUACUGCGGUACGGCCUCCUUCUUGUUUGAGGUGGGUCCUGUUCAUUAUGAGUGUUAUGGAAAAAGUUAUAUGAAAUGCUCUAAAAAUUUAUAAUUGUUUUUUUCUGAGAAUGUAUUCGGUUGUGAGUGGGUAUAUGAAUGUGGUUUAUGAGUGUCAACAGAACGUGUGCGUGACUAAGUCUUUGUGUGUGAGUCUUUGUGCUGGGUGCCUGUGAUAGAAACAGAGGUUGUGUAUGUGUACUUUAGUCCAUUCUGUAGAGGAAUAAUUUUAACGUUUGUGUUAGUUGGUUGUAUCCAAAGAGAGAAACUGUAACGCAGUGGUGUGCCAUUGUUUAGUCCAUGAAACUCCAGUACUGAACAAAUUAAAUAAAAUAGUAGCAGAAA